AUGGAGGAAGAGUUAAAAUGUCCCGUGUGCGGUUCCCUGUUCCGGGAGCCCGUCCUGCUGCCGUGCUCCCACAACGUGUGCCUGGCCUGCGCCCGCAACAUCACGGUGCAGACCCCGGAGGGGGAGACCCCGGUGCAGAGCCGAGCCUCGGGCAGCUCGGACUACGACUACCUGGACAUGGACAAGAUGAGUCUGUACAGUGAGACGGACAGCGGGUACGGAUCCUACACCCCGUGUCAGCUCAAGUCCCCCAACGGGGUGCGGGUGUUUCCUCCGUCCGCCGCGCACCGGCACUGCUCGCUCACCUGCCCGCUGUGCCACCGGAGCGUGUCCCUGGACGAGCGGGGGCUCCGGGGCUUCCCUCGGAACCGGCUGCUGGAGGCCAUCGUGGCGCGGUACCAGCAGAACCGCGCCAACGCCGCUGCCGCCGCCGCCGCAGCCUCCUCCUCCACGGCGGUGAAGUGUCAGCUGUGCGACCGCAACCCGGCGGACGCGGCGGUGAUGUGCGAGCAGUGCGACGUCUUCUACUGUCACUCCUGCCAGCAGCGGUGCCACCCAUCCCGGGGUCCGCUGGCCAAGCACCGCCUGGUGCCGCCGCGGAACCCAGCGGCAGGUGGCGGUGCGGCAGGCGGAGGAGGAGGAACCGGGGGACAGCAGCCGCCCGCCACCGCGCGGAAACCGGCGACCUGCGUGGACCACGAAGCGGAGAACUUCAGCAUGUUCUGCUGCAGCUGCAAAGCUCCGGUGUGCGUCAAGUGUCUGGAGGAAGGGAAACACAACAAGCACGAUGUCAAACCACUGGCGGUGAUGUGGAAGCAACACAAGUGUCAGAUCUCUCAGGCCCUGAACGGAGUCUCUGACAAGGCUAAAGAUGCAAAGGAGUUCCUGAUGCAGCUGAAGAACAUGCUCCAGCAGAUCCAGGAGGGGGGGGUGGAGUUCGAGGCGUGUCUCGUGGCUCAGUGCGAUUCGCUGAUCGAGGCGCUGACCAGACAGAAAGCCAAACUGCUCACCAAGGUCACCAAGGAGAAGGAGUACAAGCUGAAGGUGGUGCGUGACCAGAUCACCCACUGCACCAUGAAGCUCCGUCAGACCACUGGCAUGAUGGAGUUCUGUCUGGAGGUCCUGAAAGAGAACGACCCCAGUGGAUUCCUGCAGAUCUCAGACCCACUCAUCAAGCGGGUGACCUCGUCUCAGGACCAGUGGGUGAAAGGGGCCCUGGAGCCAAAGGUCGGCCCCGACUAUGACCUCACCCUCAACACCGACUCGCUGAUGCAGACCAUCCAGCAGCUGGACUUCUGCCCGGGCAACGAUGUGCAGGAGAAUCCAUUAUUGAAACAAAUGCAGGCUGAAGACAGUGGUGAGGCUGAGAUGGAGGCCGAGAGCCCCGGAGCUGAGUCUGGGACGUCUGUGCCGGUGGCGCCGCUCCUGCAGCUGGAGAAGUGCUGCACCAGGAACAACAGCGCCACGCUGGCCUGGAGGGUGACAGCGCCCCCUGGAAGCCCCAUCGAGGGCUACAUCCUGGAGCUGGACGACGGCAACGGAGGACAGUACAGGGAGGUUUAUGUGGGGAAGGAGACAGUGUGCACGGUGGACGGCCUCCAUUUCAACAGCUCCUACAACGCCAGGGUGAAGGCCUACAAUGCAGUCGGUGUGGGGCCGUACAGCAAGACCGUGGUGCUGAGGACCUCUGAUGUGGCCUGGUUCACCUUUGACCCGUCCUCGGCUCACCGGGACAUAGUUCUGACCAACGAGAACCUGACCGUCUCCUGUAACAGCUACGAUGACCGCGUGGUGCUGGGGACCGCCGCGUUCUCCAAGGGCAUCCACUACUGGGAGAUCUGCGUCGACCGAUAUGACAACCACCCGGACCCGGCGUUCGGCGUGGCGAGGAUCAACACCAUGAAGGACAUGAUGCUGGGGAAGGACGACAAGGCGUGGGCCAUGUACGUGGACAACAACCGCUCCUGGUUCAUGCACAACAACUCCCACACCAACAGGGCGGAGGGCGGCAUCGCUAAGGGCUCGACCGUGGGCAUCCUGCUGGAUCUGAACAACCACACUCUGACCUUCUUCGUGAACAAGGAGCAGCACGGGCCGACCGCCUUCGCCAACCUGGAGGGCGUCUUCGUGCCGGCGGUCAGCAUCAACCGGAACGUGCAGGUGACCUUGCUGACGGGCCUGGACAUUCCAAAGACUAUCAAACAGUAG